CUUCCUCACAAAUAAAUGAAUAAAAAUUUUUUAAAAAAUGGAUGACUCUACAAAUAAUUACAAUGAUAAAAAGUGCUACCUAAAAGAAGAAGUUGUAAAUUAGGGACCUCACUUGAUCUGCGAUGUCAAAAUCUUCCUUGAUUUAAGCCGAGACUUGAAGGAAAAGUAGAUAUUGUCUGGGGGGAGGAAUGCGAUGAGUACUGUACCAAAUAUGGCACAUUUAAGCACCUAAAAGUAUAGGACAGUGUGGAUGAAGCCUCAGAAGCAAACAAGAGAGUGGCUUGAGAGGUCAGGAAGCAGGUCAUAGGAGUCUUUAUGGCUUUGUACUCCAACCUAAGAGUGGUAGGAGGCUGCUGAAGAAUUUUAAGUGAGGGAUUGACAUGAUCAGGUUUGUAUCUUUUAAAGAUCCCUUUACUUCAACUUUGGAGUCAACCAGAGUAGCUUUUGGGAAAUCCUAAGGAAUGACAACAUAUAAGUGGUAGGCAGAGGAAAAGACAGAGCAUAACCCACUGAGAGACCAUGGAAGUAAAGCAAGAUGCAGCUAUCAGCAGUAUCAGCUACUGUCAGAGCUCGAGUGAGUAAGAAAUAAUGAGGUCCAUUGCAUGAACAACAAAAAGGUUUUUCGUAUUCCUGACCAGAGCAAUUUCAGUGGAGUGUUGAGGGCAGAGCAGAAGCCAGAUUAUAGAGAAUUGGAAAAGGGCAAUAAGGAAGAGACAAGAAUUGACAAUCCUUUGAAGAGUCGUGGCCUUGAAAAAUGAAAGGAUGAUAAUUGCAUGGGGGUCUGUAGCCAGUGAAAGUUUUUAAUAUUGAAAGACAUUAAAUUAUUUUAAAUGAUGAUGGGAAGGAGUCAGUAAAAGUGAAAGAUGAAGAAAUAGUAAUAAGAAGAUACCUGCCACAUUCAGGCCUGGAGGGAGGCUGGAAAGAAUGGACUGAUUCCAAGGAGGAAGCACCUUUGAAUACAAAUUCCUGGGCCAAUAAUACCCCCUGAGGGUCUAUUUCCUUAGAUCUGGGAUAGGACUAGUGAAUAUGCUUUUCAAUAAGUACCACGAUUCAAGUGAUCUUCAGACCACAUUUUGGUAAAUACUGCUCAUUUUUCUAUUUUCCCCCUGUCUACUAAGCCACUCCUAUCUUCAGGUCUUCCCCAUGCAGUCUAGAACCGUGGCCUCCUGAUUCACAGUCUAGUCUUUUGUAAGGUAAGAAAGAUUUCAGAAGUGUUGUGGCUCUUGAAGUGGGUGACUGAAGUUGAAUGAUGGUGAAAAUCAUUGUAAUUGAGGAAAUCAAGGAAAUGAAAGGGUCUGAUAGUUGUUCUGAACUCUUCCUUGCAUCAAAAAUCAUUUUUGGGGCAUUUAAAAAGUAUACAGAUACCAGACAACUCAGCACAUUCUGAUUUAGGAGCUUUUGGGUGGAGCCUAGACAUGUAUAUAUUUACAUCUGUAUGUUUUAAAAUCUGGGCUGCGUCUAAUGCACAGCCCAGAUUGAGAACCACUACAUGGGUUUUCUACAUGGUUAUUGAAGUUCAUUCAGAGUUUUGGAAGAAUUCCAGGUAAAGGAAAACUGUUAAGCCCAGACUCAUUCUCCGUCUGAAUUGAUUGCAAUUCUAGUAUUCCUUAGGCACUCAAGGGAAUUUGUUACUUUCCAGGCCAUCAUGGUUACUUUUUUGAGAAAGACUGUGGCAAUCCCACAGGCGUCUCUAGAAAGGUCCACAUGUGUAUUGUAUGAAGAAUUACACACAAGUUUUGGGGUCGGGAGUGGCUUUCUUUUUGUGUUCUUUCCAAUACAGGAAUUAAAAGGGAAAUUAUAAGAAGAACGAGGAUGAAAUAAGACAAGGAAAAGAAGCGAACAAGUUCUAAGAAGGACUUCAGAGUAUAGUAGAAGGAGCUCAGGACUGUGAAUCAGGAGACAUGGGUUCUAGAACCAGCUCUUUCACUUAGUUUUGUGAUCUUCAACUUUGGAAUCCUUCAUUAACCAAGGAACUGAGAAAUAAGUCAGCAUUUCCACAGACUCUGUAGGUCCCUAGGUGACUGAGACUGCUGGAUUUCUUCUGCUGACUGGUGCAUCUCAUAACAGAAUGCUGUACUUUCCCAGGAGGGGAACAUGGAGGAGAAGGAAAUGAAUGAUAGAUCACAGAUAGUCAGGUCCCAGGAAUCACUGACAUUCCAGGACGUGGCUGUGGACUUCACCAGAGAGGAGUGGGACCAGCUGUACCCUGCUCAGAAGAACCUCUACCGAGAUGUGAUGCUGGAAAACUACAGGAAUCUGGUCACGCUGGGGCAUCAACUUUAUAAGCCAGAAGUGAUCAUUCAGUUGGAGCAAGAGGAGCAGUGGAUGAUGGAAAGAGACAGCCCACCGGACACUCCUCCAGAUGGCGAGAAUAGACCCAAAAUCAAAAAAUCAACUCCCAACCAGAAUGUUUCUGAUGAAAAUCAAACCCACAAGAUGAUAAUGGAGACACUAACAGGAGACAGUUUCUGGUACUCCAUCUUAGGAAGACUAUGGGAUUUUGAGUACCAGUUAGAGUUGAAUCAAGAAAACCAGCAGAGAUAUUUAGAACAAGUAUCUUUUACCCACAAAAAGAUCACACAGGAGAGAAGCCUUGAAUAUAAUAGAUUUGGGGAAAACUAUAAUAUGAACUCAAAGCUUAUUAUGCCUCAGAGAAUUCCUUCAAUUAAAAUACCCUUUAAUUCUGACACACAAGGAAAUAGCAUCAAAUAUAAUUCAGACUUGGUUUACUAUCAGGAAAACUAUGUAAGAGAGAAUCCUUAUGAAUAUAAUGAGUGCGGAAAAAUCUUCAAUCAACAUAUUCUUCUUACUAGUCAUAUUCAUACUGAAGAGAAACCCAGUGAAUGUGGGAAGGCCUUCAGCUGCAACUCAUCUCCUACUCAACCUCAGAUAGUCCUUACAGGAGAGAAGCCCUAUAAGUGUGAUGAAUGUGGGAAAAGAUUCAGCCAGAGGAUACAUCUUAUUCAACAUCAGAGAAUUCACACAGGAGAAAAACCUUUUAUAUGCAAUGAAUGUGGGAAAGCCUUCCGUCAACAUUCAUCCUUUACUCAACAUCUGAGAAUUCAUACUGGAGAGAAGCCCUAUAAAUGUAAUCAAUGUGGUAAAGCCUUUAGCCGUAUCACAUCGCUUACUGAACAUCAUAGACUUCAUACUGGAGAGAAACCUUAUGAAUGUAGUUUUUGUGGGAAAGCUUUCAGCCAGAGGACACAUCUUAAUCAGCAUGAGAGAACUCAUACAGGAGAGAAACCCUAUAAAUGUAGUGAAUGUGAGAAAGCCUUUAGCCAGAGCGCACACCUUAAUCAACAUAGGAAAAUCCAUACUCGGGAGAAACUGUGUGAAUAUAAUAAAUAUGAGAAAACCUUAAGCCACAGUCCUUCACUUACUCAGCAGCACAUAACUCAUGGGGAGGGAAAUCGUGUGAAUAUAUAAAUGUAGGAAAAUUUUUGGUCAGACCUUUUCAUCCCAUUCAUAUAUGAAAUUAUUCAUAGUGAAGAGAAAGUUUAUAAGUAAACUUUUAAUGCAUAGAAACCAAAUAAAUUUAGAUCUCAAAUUAGUAGCAUAUUAUAUUCCCAGGAGAGGUUGUAAAUAGUUAAAAUAAUUUAUUUUAUGAAUGAGAUUAUAUGAGGAGUCGUGUUCCAAAUCUGAUAUAAAACUUUUUUUAAUGACUAGAAAUCCUAUGGGAAAUAACCUGUAAUUAUUCGCCUGUAAGUUUUAUGGUAAAGUUUUUAAAUCAUAUCAAUGUUGAUUAAUCAAGGCAGUGAUGUAGUGUAACCAGUCACAUAAACUUGAAAUAAACAGAAAAGAGCAUUAUUUCUCAAACUUCAGUCUUUUGUGUGCUUCCUCUAAAGUUUUUACCAUAUUUAAUGUUUACUUAAUAUUUUUCUUUAAAGGGACCCAGAGUUUUUAGCCUUUUCCUAGGAAAUACAGUUUAUGGAAAUUAUGAGUUUUAUAUACUAAUUAUAUUUAUUCUAAUUUCCAUCAAAAUAAAUAUAUAACUUUGAAAUUUAAAAUAGCCAUCAGUGUACCACCUAAAUCUUCUGUACCAUUAUUUGAGAAACAAUGUGAUGUGAUAUGGCAAUAUUCUGUUGUUAGUUUUUCAGCAAUCCUUGCAUUAUUCUCAUGAAACACUUCCUAGGAUCACUUUAAGAAGAGUCUUAGAAGAGACGGAGGGUCAUUGAUGAACUUUGAAAAGUGAUUCAGAGAUGUUUACUUUUCUAUCCUGUUGUUCUAGUUUUAAAUUUCCAUAUAGCAAACAGAUUUUUGCAUUAAAAUUAUUUCUGUUAUAUUUGCAGGUUUGAGUAGAGAGGAGUGUUUGUUUUUUUAAAUAAUGACCAGGGGCUAAGAAUCCGUAUGCCACCCUGCACCAUUGUGGAAGGUGAGAAGUAGGGGAAUGUACCAGAGAGCGAGCUCUGGCGCCAUGUUGAGGUUAAGAAUCAGGGAAGAGCCCUUACUGGCUUAUAUAACAACUAAGGAAGUAUUACUAACUGGCUUAAUAAUUCAUUUUAUUUAUUAAAAUAUAUUUGUGUAACACCUUUUUCCAAAAAGAAUAUAAGGUGGUUUAAUUUGAUUUUUAUGAUUACUGCCUUGUUUGACAGAAAUCACAUUUUGAUGUUAUAAACUGUUACAAAUGUAAACUGUCAUAAGCCAUAAAUAGGUGCAACUAUGGGGCUGCUUCAGUUUCUUGGCUUUCUAUUUUCCUCUUGGUCUUCUCAGGCAUGGCUAAAGAAGCCAUGAGGCUAAGGUAAGAACGUAAUCCCUUUGCUUUCUCAUUUUUCUUCUAACAUAUCUCCCAGCUAAGACUUCCCUCAUUUUUUUCCCCGUGAAGGACUAGAUUUUAUAGGCCUUGAGUCAAAGCUGAAAUGAUUUACAGACUUUUAUUAAAACACUAAAAACCAAAAAUGUGAUAAAGUGAACUCAUUUUAUCACAAAAGUUAAACUUUUCAAAGUACUUUUAUGUCCCACACGUCAGUGGAUGUGAAAUAGUUAAUAAAACCCUGAGUUAUUAUAGUCCAGGAGGAUUUCUAGUAGUAGUUUGUGUUCAAAUAACUGUGUAUUGGAGAUCCAUUUUCAGGGCAGAUCAGUUCUGGAAGUCUCUCUUCACCAAAAGGAGCUACAUUUAACAUUCAUUUGCCAUAAGGAGGCAGAGGAUAGGGCACUCAGAUUUUAUGAAGAGAGAGAAUGAGCCAAGGUGAAUUCUCAGACAGGAAAUAAUGAUUAAUUACAAUUGAUAAAGGCUUUGAUCAAAGUUUGCAACCAGGAAAAAAGAAAACUGAGUAUUCCAUAAAGAGUCCAAAGGGCUCGAAUACAAGGCAUUGUAUCUCAGUACAGGUGAAAAACAAGAACAAUAAGGGAUUUUCAGAAGAGGAUCAGCAGAUUUUGGACAAUCCCAGAAAAGAGGUGUCUGAACUGAACCAGACCACAGUUGGCCAAGGAUUUUCACCAAUUCUUCAUAACUAGGAAUUGUAAAUAAGAAGCCUAUUAUAUAUUCCUUGGGGUCAUAAAUAAUUAUGCUUAUGUUAAUUGUACAGUAAACUGUGUCACUCUGGUGUGAA